GAAGCUUUUGUGCUGAUGACUGUAAAGUUUGAGCAGUGAGCUCUCUUCUAGUUGCUUUUGUUUGUAGGAGCUGCAUGUGUGUCUAUGUAAGCAGCCCUCCCAGGGGAUGAGUGUGAAUGAAACCAGUGCUCAGCAGCAGUUCUCUCCCCAUGAUCAGCAGCAGCAGCAGCAGCAGCCCACAGCCUAGUGUUCUUCCCCUGCCUGCAUCAUGCUGCCUCUUGUGUGUGAUCUGCCCAGACGCAUGUAACAUGGAUUAGGAGCACAGGAGGAGCACAGCACAAGGAGCUGGAGUUGGAAGAAGUACCGACAGCAUUGCACAGUCCCUUCACUCUCUACACUCUGCAGAGGGGGGAUCACUUGUCUUUUAUCCAUUAAGUGAGUGCAUUGUAUGGAUGUGGACAUGAUGCUUGCACUGACACAGGGAGAGCAGUGCCAGGUCUGUGCCCUGCCAGGAAUGCUGGAGAGCAGGCAGAAGAAGAGCAGGACCCGCAGGAAAAGGAAAGAACUGCUGCUGGGGCAGAUGUGCUUCAUGGGCUGCCUCAUGCUGCUGGCCUCUGCUGUCUCCCACUGGGCUGGAAUACUGGGUAUUGAAGAAAACAACUCUUUACAUAGAAACCAGAGAAAUGUAUUAGAUGUCAAUGCCAACAGUAAUGGACGAGGACUUCUUUGGAUGGAUGAUGAAAAUUUUACUGAAAUUCAAGGUGAACACAGACAUCGCAAAAACUGUACUGAACCAGCUCUUCAUGAAUUCCCUAGUGAUAUCUUCUCACAUGAGGACCGGCGGCACGGAGCUAUCGUUCUGCAUGUUCUAUGUGCAAUGUACAUGUUUUAUGCCCUUGCAAUUGUCUGUGAUGACUUCUUUGUCCCUUCCUUGGAGAAAAUUUGUGAAAGAUUACAGCUCAGUGAAGAUGUGGCCGGAGCUACAUUCAUGGCCGCUGGCAGCUCAGCUCCAGAAUUGUUUACAUCUGUGAUAGGAGUGUUUAUCACAAAGGGAGAUGUGGGAGUUGGAACCAUCGUUGGUUCGGCUGUAUUCAACAUCCUAUGUAUAAUUGGAGUAUGUGGCUUGUUUGCAGGACAGGUUGUUGUCCUCUCAUCUUGGUGUUUGUUACGAGAUGCUACCUAUUACACCUUGUCUGUUAUUGCACUAAUUAUAUUUAUAUAUGAUGAAAAAGUUUCCUGGUGGGAGUCUGUCAUUCUGGUCACAAUGUAUGCUAUUUACAUUCUCAUAAUGAAAUACAACUCCUUUAUACACCGGUGCUUUGAAAAGAGAAAAAAAGGAGCAGGAAACCUGGCAAAUGGGCUGGCGAGUAAUGCAGAAAUAGACGACAACAUCAAUUGUGAUGCCACCGUGGUAUUAUUAAAGAAAGGAAAUUUUCAUCGUAAAACCUCGGUGAUCAUGGUGGAUGAGAUACUUUCUGCAUAUCCACAUCAGCUAUCGUUUUCAGAGGCCGGACUGAGGAUCAUGAUAACUAGUCACUUUCCGCCAAAAACUCGUCUCUCCAUGGCUAGUCGCAUGCUGAUAAAUGAGAGACAGAGAUUAAUAAACAGCCGAGCCUAUGCAAAUGGAGAGUCAGAGGUUUCCAUUAAAAUUCCAAUUAAACACGCUGUCGAGAAUGGAACGGGCCCUGGGAUUUCUACAGAGAGAAGUGCAAAUGGCACAAGGAAGGAUGAAGACGUUGCCGAAGCGGGCAAUGAAACCGAGAAUGAAAACGAGGACAAUGAAAAUAAUGAAAAUGACGAAGAUGAAGAAGAGGAUGAUGAUAAUGAUGGACCUUUCACACCUUUUGAAAUUCCUACUGGAAAGGCCAACAAAUUGAAAUGGGUAAUAACCUGGCCAUUGUCUUUUCUUAUGUACUUCACUGUACCCAACUGUUCUAAACCUCGGUGGGAGAAAUGGUUCAUGUUUACAUUCAUCGGAUCCUCUAUAUGGAUCGCCGCUUACUCUUAUGUGAUGGUCUGGAUGGUUACUAUCAUUGGGUUCACCUUAGGAAUACCAGAUGUAAUUAUGGGCAUCACCUUCCUGGCUGCUGGAACCAGUGUCCCUGACUGUAUGGCCAGCCUCAUAGUUGCAAGACAAGGUAUGGGAGAUAUGGCUGUAUCCAACUCCAUUGGAAGCAACGUAUUUGAUAUUCUUAUUGGGCUGGGGCUCCCAUGGGCAUUACAGACUCUGGCUGUGGACUACGGUUCAUAUAUACAUCUUAACAGUAGGGGUCUCAUAUACUCUGUGGCUUUACUCCUCGCUUCCUUGUUUGUUACGGUGUGUGGUGUUCACAUGAACAAGUGGAAACUGGACAAGAAGCUAGGAAUUAUAUGCUUAUUAUUGUAUGGCGUCUUCCUGUGUAUCUCCAUCCUCACGGAAUUCAAUGUUUUCACAUUUGUGAAUUUGCCCAUGUGCAGAGGAGGAAUCUGAUCUACCAUGCAGACACGUCAGAGAGACUUCAUCUUACUUUGUGGUGCAAUACAAAUGCACGACCUUUACCAUGAAAUGGUGAUGCACCUGAAGGUCGUCAAGUCUGUCCCGGUCACUGUUCAGGGGAAUUACUUCUUCCUAUCCUUCCCCAUGCUGUCCUAUGGGGACCUUUUCUUCGUAGCUUUUUCUGUGUUUCUUUUAAAUUGUUUGAGUUUCCGAUAUUUGCUCAAGAGUUGUGUCCUUUUUAACAGUGACCAGGGAUUUAGAUAAAAGGCUGCUAACUGGCCCAGAGCCAGCCCCAAUCACAUCUGCUACAAAUCCUUCUAUUUAAGUUAUUUGGUGAAGAACUUAAUGUAAUUUAUAACUUGAGAUUGUUGAAACGUUGCAGAAGAAUGGAAACGAUUCAUUACCAGGGAUUCACUAUGAGGAAUAUCAAGGGAUCAAAUAGCUGAAAACCCUUUUCCCAUAUUCAGAUGGAAUGACAUUUGAUGAACCCAGCGGGCAGCAGUGCACAUCCGAAGCAAGGACACAGGCUGACCUAUUAACUUUUCAAGAAAUCGGAGUAUGUUUUAUGCUGAAGAAAGACCAAGAAAGAAAGAACUUUUUAUACAAUGAACAAAUCUUUUUUUUUCUUAAGACAGUAGUAAACAGUAGAGAGAGUAUCAAUCUGCUCUCGUAACUACUGCAGCCGGUGACGUAGUCAAAUGCAAAGUCAUUGGUUGCUUUUUAGUCGUGUGUUGCUAGUUCUGGGGAGUACUGAGCAUUGCAAGUCAAUGCAAUAGGGUAAUUGUUCGGUACUAUUAAUGGUUCUUUCUUAACCCAUGGUGGCACCUGAAGGUCUGCUAUCUGCUCUAGCUAGUCUGCCUGGUACAGUAUUUUUAUACAUAGCUUCAUAGUAGGUAACAGCUACUAUGUACAAAAGUCAUAUAUAAUUUGCUAAUUCAGUUAUGGACACUGGUUUCUUAAAAAAAAAAAAAGGCAUAUUUUGCACAAAUGCUUUUUGAAGAUAAUACAACAUAAAAGAUUUUAAAGUGUACACUGGAUGUGGCCAUAUUGUAUUUACAGUCUAAGAAAAAGACCUCAUAAUAUGGGAUCAACCAAGGCAGAGAUAAUGUAUCCAAAAAAAACAAUUCUAGUUUUCACAGACCAGCCAUUUUUUGUAGUAUAAAAUUUUAAUUUAUUAUGCAUGUACAGAGAGGAAACUUAUUUGAAGAAUUCUAGGCGUAGUUUCUAUAAGUCAUGAAAGCUGCCGUUUAUUCAGGGAUUUUAGUGAAGGACAUACGCACUGCAAUGCUUAUUUUUGUAAACAUAUGAUAUAUAUAUACAGCUAUUUCAUUGUGGUGCAUUGUCCUACAUAUUUAAUAUAGCAACCGAAACACAGUUUAUUGAUCGAGAACCGCAUGGUUUUCUUUAAAGCACCAUUCAAUGAUAUUCUUCCAGAAUCCUUUCUCAUUCCUUCCAACAAGCUAAAAUGAAUGUUAUAUUGUACAUAAAUCUUUGUCACUGUGCACACUACAAUAUACUUAAAUGUUCUUCCUUAAGCAAAAUAAUGUUUGUUAUGGUAUUCAAGGCUCAAAAAAAAGUAUUUUUUUCAGAGCUAAUAUUGUAGUCUAGUCCCAUUACCUUAAACAAGGCAGAGCUGUAAUAUCAUCAACAGCCUGUAGACAAGAGUGGAGCUGUUUCUGGAAAAAGCAGACCAACCCUGUUAUUCUUUUAUGUCAGUUCCCAAGAAUUAGGAAGUUGUAAUUUGAUUGUAAACAUUUUUACAGGAUCGGAAAUCCUUCAUAGGAUGAAGUAAUUGACAAGAGAUAAAUGAGAGCUUUAUUUUUUUAGUGAUUAUUUUAUUUUUGUUAUUUUGUUACAGAGCUGUCUACGUUGAAAAGUGAAGCUUAUAAGUAAAAAUGGAGGAGCUGUUCAGGGAAUCAGUCAGGAUAUACCUUUCGUUUUCAAACUUGUCUUCAGUUGGUUCAUAUGGGGGACCACACUUUUUUACACUAGCUUUAUAAACCUCCCCAUAGACUUUUAGACAAUGGUAUUUUAUUACCUAAAGUUAUUACAUUUAUCAGUAUUGUCACCAAAUAUUGAAAUUACUGGUAUAAUUGGUAUUUAGUCAAGAAUCAUUGGGGUUUACCUUGGUUACUGGUCGAGAGACUAGCAAUUGUGAACUGCCAGUCCCUCAGUUAUCUUCCACCAGUGACACCAUCUAAGAAUGCUGCUUAACGUGGUAUACAUCCAUAACUUACUUAUAUCAAUAAGCUAAGCUUUUUUAUGUCAUUCACCUCAUUUUCUUGUAUUGGAACAUAUCACACAGGACAAACACUAGGAACCAGUGUUCCUAAAAUGUUUUUAAAAUGUACCCCUUUUCCCUUUGAUUGGUUUAGUGUUACAAAUCAACUAGAAUACUGCUAAUCCAGGGACAGAGGGAGAAAAGGGGCAGAGUAGAACUACAGCUUGUAGUGAUUUGAUAUUGAGGUGGCCCAAACCCCUCCAUUGGUCACCUGAUAUUGGUGCGGUCUGUCUUUUUGUGGCAGUUAGGACACUACCUAUAACCAUACAUUGAACAUGUUGCACAUAAGUUCCUUCCUAGAUUUAUCUAUCUAGUUUUGUACAUUAUUUUGUCCAUUAAGGUGUUAACAUGAGUAAGGAGCUAAAGCAGCAGUAUUCAACAUAUCACUGAAAUAUUAGCUGGACUACAGUAAAUUUACCAUGGUGUACAUGAAACUAGAGGCUUUUCUUUGACAUAUAGUAAACACAAGUAUAAAGAAAGACCAAAAACAAAAAACAAAAAUUAUUAAAUAUCACUAUGAGAAUUUUGUGAAAUUAGUGUAUAGUCAGAAAUGGAAAACACAGUAACCUGAAGAUAUUAGUGUUAAAAGUCACCUGGUCAGCACAGUUGAGCAAAGGAUCCCAACAGUAGUGAUCAGGACACCCAAGACCAUGUGGUAUAGCAAGGCCUUCUGCAGACCUGCCAUGGAGAUUCUUCACAGAAACAUGAAAAUGUUCCUAGAAUAUUUAUUGAAAACUGCAAUAAUAUUUUUACAUGUGCUUUUUGAAGCUGCAUUUUAACAGGGGAGUCGUCAAUUGAGAUAAAUUGUUGCAGCACUAUAGACAUAAGGUAGUGUCUUCUUCGACUCCCCGGUUAAAAUGCACUCUUAGGGCCCAUUCACACUACAGAAUUUCCAUUCCGAAUUUCCACAAGGAAAUCCCGCUCAGAUUCUGCUUGCAGCAGAAUUCCAUUGCUACAGAACUUAAGAUACGGGAUUCUUCCAGAGGAUUGAACAUGUGCAGUCUUUUUUGACACAAUCCACUGGAGAAGUCCCAAUACUGCAUUGUAGUGAACAGGAUAGUGCUUACUGUCCAUGGCAGAUCCGCCCCGGAAAUUGCCGAUUCUGGAGGGGGCUGCUGUAUGCGAAAUCUGCCCAGAUUUCCCUAAGGAAAAUUUUGGGUGGAAAUUCCAUAGUGUAAAGCAGCCCUUACUUUAAUUACAUGUAGCUCUAAAUUUAUAUAGAAAUUGUAAAUGUUAUUUUGGAUACCCUAUUACAGAUAUAUUCUUCCCUAAAAGCAUUGCUUUAUCAAAUAUUACCUCUUUAAUAUGAUACCCUACUGAAUCACCAUAUGAUACCGCAUAAGACCUGUGCCUGAAGUAAUAUGGAGGCAUUUGCUAAUGCUGGCCAUACAUAUUAGAUUAUUAUCCAAGUUAUUAGCCAAACUCUCCGAUUUCAUUGGGACAGCUUGAUCAUGUUAUAUACAUGGUGGCCUCCUGACUCUUCUCCAAUAGAUGAUGCCAGGGAAGACACUGGUCAGGCAGCUGUAUUUCAGCAUACCUGAUAAUUUUGUUCUCAGGGGAAAAAAUAUUUUAUAUUAGUUAUUUAUAGUUUUUUUAAAGAUGCAGUUUAAAAAGUUUAUGUUUAAUUAGCUCUCUAAUAAUAUAUAAAAAAAAAUUGCUUAAAGAUGUAGAGAUAUUAUGUCCGGCGAUCUGGAUCCAUCACUUAUGGGAAUGCCAGACGCAACAGGUUUAAUUUUUUGCAUCUGACAUCCUUUCUCUUGACCCAUAAGCUGAGAUGGAGCACAGAGCCCGACCUAUGGAUCUUCCGACACAGUUGGUUUUGCUAUAUCAAAAAAUGCUGCAUGCUACAUUUUUGAUCUGGCAGCUGCACACUGCAUUGUAAUUCUCAUCAUGUCCUGACUUAUACAUUAAUGUGCCCAUAAGUUUAAAUUAACAUGUCAUAGGGGUACCUUGUAUUCAUAUGUUUGGGCAGAAUAUUUGGGGAUUCUGUAGCCCCAAUUGUAUUAAAAAGAAUAUUUUUUUAAUACAACUGAAAAAACAAAGAAAAAAAAAAAGAGAAAAAAGUAUAUAAAAAUGUGAUCAUCUACACUCCUAAAUUAUGCCUCUGUACAAGUUCUGGUUUGUAUAGAGAGAUUGGCUAUAGAAAUCUACAACACAGACGGGUCCAAUCACAUCCUAAUGGAACAUUUUACUUUCCAUUUGGAUAUGAGUAAAUGUCCAUAGUAACCUCUUUCCACCUCACUCACUCCUAACUUCUGUCCAUACCUGCGGUGGGGAGUUUGUUACCAAGUGGCUUGCUUAACCUCUAAAAUGCCACAGUCAAUAGUGACCACAGCAUCUAAGAAAUUUGAUAGGGGGAGGGCACUGGAAAGUUUCCAUAGGUCUGGAGGCCUGACAAAGCAGUUUACCUACUAGUGCAGUCUAUUUCCAUCCACCGCCCAAAAACAAGAAUAAAGGAGUACUUCAGAGGAAAACUGGUGCCAGAAAAUUAUACAGAUUUAAGAGGACUUAACCCUCCCAGUACAUUUCAGCUGCUGUAUGCCCUGGAGAAAGUUGUGUCGUUCUUUCUGGUCUGACCACAGUGCUCUCUCCUGCCACCUUGUAAUUGUCCAUGUCAAGGAGGUUCGCUAUGGUUAUUUGCUCCUGCUCUGGACAGAUCCUGACACAGACAGAGGUGGCAGCAGAGAGCACUGUGGUCAGACUGGAAAGAACUACACAUAAUUACUGGAAGGUUUUUAAAGGAAAACUGUCAGAUAUUUUCUCCCGCUCGGCCGUUCGCCCGCAAUUGUACUUUUAUUCUAUGUGCAAAUCUUGCUGUAACUGGCACGGGCGGGGCUUCUGCAGGUUAACUGGCAAAGACGUCAGCGCCGCUUAUGA